GGCUUCGAGCAACCCCGGCUACGCGGUCCUUUAGUUAGGUAUUCGCGCAUUUCGAAAACUAAAAUUACGUCCCGCCAGUUCUCUCUCCGGCAAGGUCGAACAGAUAAACCCUAAGGGGUUUGAAAAGAGGAGCACGCAGCGCCGCGAUCCAGAUAGAGAUAGAUCGAGCUCUUGUUCACCUUUUUCUUUUUGGUUUCUCUCUUGAUGUCGGUGUUUGAAAACGUUUGCGCUCUCUUGUGGAUCGAUGCCGUAAAAAUCCUUUGACAGAGAAAACCGGCGAUAAUUUCUGUUCAGGCAUAUAUCAUAUCAUCUACAGUUUCAAGUAACCACUAUUUCCAUAGUUGCAUGGAUAGUGGAGAUUCUCACAAUGGAGCUCCUUUCAAUCUUACAUUAAGAGAUAUCACCAACACUGAAGGAACUAGGGCCUGCCCACCAGCUGACGAGCAAGCUCUGACAGGUAUUAAUCAUGCCAGCGAUAGAAAACGCAAAAGACCUUUAUUACUAGGCAUGCGGAUUUAUGAUAAGGGCGAGAAUGAAGUUAUUCACCCACCAAAAGCUUACGAAGCUUUUAGGCAUGUUAAGGGGAAAUUUCUUUUUUCGAAUGCUCAACAAUAUGAUUCACAGUCCUCCAAAGGAAAUGCUGAAUCACAGGGAGAAAGGCUUGUUGAAGAGUUAAGCUUAAGAGGUUCUUCUUCUGGUCAAAUAUCCAGAUUUAAUAGUGAUGCAGGUGAUUCAUCCAUAGGUCCUGUGGCCAUUUGUAACAGUGAAGAUGAUGAUAUAUCAACAGAGUCUGAUGAACCAAAAGAAACUUUUGGAUUGGGCGAAAGCUUCUUAAGGCAUCCAGUUCAUCCAGUCAAGGAUCAUGAGGAGCCUACAAUUUCAGAUCAUACUAGAUUUGAUUGGUCAUUUCCGAGCAAAAAUAAAACUGACAUUGGAGAGAGAUUAGCUCAUGAAAAGUUCCAAAAUGUAAGCCUGUGUGGUAGUUGUCCAUGCUCUUCGUGUAUCAAAGCUGCUUAUAUGUGGUCAGAUCUUAUGUACCAGGAUACUAGAGGGCGAUUGAGUGCACUGAAGUCUAGCAGAAGACAUGCUAGAAUACUAGAAGGGAAAAUUCUCAGACAUGAGAAAACUGGUGAAACCUCUAAAUCUCGACACGAGAAAGCAAAAGCUACAGAAUCUGAUCUAUUGCAACAUUGGACAUCACUUCUCCGUUGUACUGAGGAUUCUCUUCUGUGUGAAAUUGUGCAAGCUCAAUCACGCCUCAUCGAGAUAGAAAAACUAAAAGACAAGUUCAAGAGAGACCUGGAGACAAUGAACUCCAUACCACAAAACGAAGCUGAAGAAUGAUGCUACUGGUUGUCUUCAUUUGGAGAUACUGAUCUCUGUUUUGCUUGCCAGAGCCUUCUCAACUAUUCAUUUUUCACAUGAAAGAAGUUGUUAUAUUUGUUAAAAUCAAUUAGCGGUCAUAUCCAACUAUCUCUCAGUUUUUGUGCUGCAGCUAAUAGUUUUUUUCUGCAUCUCUUUGGUAAAGACAUCAUAGCAUGGGAAGGUAAAUGGUGUUUCUCUCA